AUGGACAACAGCCGAGGCCUGGACAUGGGUAACAUCAAUGAUGAUGCCAAAGAUCAAUACAUGGACAUUGCCAAAAGGAGCUGGGCUGACACAGAGUCCUGGUCAUACAGCAAGUAUGAGGAACUGAGAGAAGCCACCGGCAAACAUGACAACAGCUUGCGUAACUCAAAAAAUGAAAUUAUGGAGCCGAAUUGGGUGAUUCAGAGACUAACUGGAGAAUGUGAAAACACCAAAGCCCAGAGAUGCAAACUGGAAGGAGCCAUUGCUGAAGCUGAGGAGCAGGGGAAAGUGGCCUUCAAGGAUACAGAAUGCAAACUAUCCGAGCUGGAGGCAGUGCUGCAGAAGGCAAAGCAGGGCACAGCCCGGCAGCUGUGCGAGUACCAGGAGCUGAUGAACGUCAAGCUGGCCCUGGGCAUUGAGAUCGCGACCUACAGGAAGCUGCUGGAGGGCAAGGAGAGCAGGUGGGUGCUGGCACAGCCCUGCAAGAGGCUUACAAGGAAGAAACAGUAAUGCACCUAAGUCCACCAGUCCACCACCACCUUUCAC